AUGGCGGCCGCCGCCAUCGCGGCGAACCCGUCCCUGGCGGCCGCGCCCUGGGCUGACCUGGGGACCGGCAGCGGGGCCUUAGCGAUAGGAUUAGGCACGCUGCUGUCGAAGCAGCAGCAGCUGCAGCAACAGCAGCAGCACCAGCACCAGCACCAGCAGGAGACAGAAGGGGCGGCGGCGGGCAGUUCCCCGGCAGUGUGGGCGGUCGACUUCAGCCCCUCCGCGGCCGCGUACGCGGCAGCCAACGCGGCUGCGUGCACACCGCCCGGCGCGGUGCGGGUUGUAGUGGGGUCGUGGUGGGAGCCGCUGGGCCACCUGCGGGGCCAGCUGGGGGGCGUGCUGACCAACCCGCCCUACAUCCCCCGCGCCCAAAUGGAGGGGCUGCAGCGCGAGGUUGGGCUGCAUGAGCCGCACAGUGCGCUGGACGGCGGGCCCGGGCCGGGCCUGGACAGCAUACAGGUGAUCUGCGCCGGCGCUGGUGAGAUGCUGAUGGAUGGCGGCUACAUCGCACUUGAGACCGCCGGGGACGAUCAGGCCGCUCGGGUCAAGUCGCUGUUGGAGAGCUCUGGGGACUUCGAGGGUGCGGGUGUGGUGGCAGACUGCUACGGCGUGGGGCGCUUCGUGGAGGCGCGCAGGCGGCGGCGGUAA